AUCGGGCCGACAUCUGUCAUCCGGUGAAAAGCCAGCGUCGCGAAAAAGUUUGCUUCGUCGUUUCGGUGCGCGUAUUUUUCGGCAAAUUCCGUGCGAAAUCCGGUUCGUUCCGUUCUAAUUUUGGUUGUUCCGUGUCGGGGAAGUGCAGCUCUCAAAAAGGAGCCAUGAAUCGUCGCCGCGCGUACGAGGACGAUGGCGAUUUUUACGGUGAGCGAUCCCGUAAACGUCGCCGGGUGUCCGAGAACCAGGAGAUGGAGGAACGGCUGGAGGCGCUGAUCUUGAGAGUGGGGGAGAAUAGCACUUCGUCGUUGGAGUCCAACCUUGAAGGGUUGGUUUCGGUGCUGGAGUCGGAUUUGGGCAACUUCCGGAACAAGAUUCUGCGGAUUUUGUCCGAGUGUCCGAUCAAGAUGCCGGAAAAGUGUACGAUCUACUCGACGAUGGUGGGGUUGAUGAACGCGAAAAAUUACAACUUUGGCGGGGAGUUUGUGGACCAUAUGGUGAAGGCCUUCAAGGAGAAUCUGAAGCAGUGCAAGUGGGACGCGGCCCGUUACGCGCUUCGUUUUCUGGCCGAUUUGGUCAAUUGUCACGUCAUCUCGACAAAUUCGUUGCUCCAGCUGUUGGACAACAUGGUUGACGCAGCGAAUGAGGAUUCGGUUCCGCAGGUUCGUCGCGAUUGGUACGUCUUUGCGGUUCUCUCGACGUUGCCCUGGGUUGGCCGCGAGUUGUACGAAAAGAAGGAAUCAGCGCUGGAGAAUUUGCUGGUUCGGAUUGAGGUGUUUCUGAACAAGCGCACCAAGAAGCAUCACAACUCGUUGAGAGUUUGGUCGGUUGAUGCGCCUCAUCCGCAGGAGGAAUAUCUGGAUUGUCUGUGGGCACAGAUCCGUAAGCUGCGCCAGGACAACUGGGCCGAGAAGCACAUUCCUCGCCCGUACCUGGCGUUCGAUUCCGUCCUGUGCGAGGCUCUGCAGCACAACUUGCCGGUGAUUCAUCCGCCGCCGCACCAGGAUUCGUUUGAAUAUCCCAUGCCGUGGGUAGUCUACCGGAUGUUCGAUUACACAGAUUGCCCGGCGGGGCCGAUUCUCCCGGGAGCCCACUCCAUCGAGCGUUUCCUCAUCGAGGAGCAUCUCCACUCGAUCAUCGAAACCCAUCACUGGGAGCGCAAAGAUUGUGCCGCCCACCUGUUGAACCUGUCCUACAAAGACAAAAUCCCGCUCGAGUACUGCAUCGUCGAGGUCAUCUUUGCCGAGUUGUUCCACAUGCCGACGCCGCGCUACCUGGAGAUUUGCUACGGAUCGAUCCUGAUCGAGCUGUGCAAACUGCAGCCGUCCAAAAUGCCCCAAGUGUUGGCCCAGGCCACGGAAAUCCUGUUCAUGAGAAUCGACUCGAUGAACACGAGCUGCUUCGACCGGUUCGCCAACUGGUUCUCGUACCACUUGAGCAACUUUCAGUUCCGCUGGAGCUGGGACGACUGGGACAGCUGCCUGCUGCUCGAGAUGGAGCACCCGAGGCCGAAGUUUAUCCAGGAGGUGCUGCUCAAGUGCUUGAGAUUCUCGUUCCACGAUCGCUUCAAAGAGAUGAUGCCGGAAACGUACACAAAGUUGAUUCCGAAGCCGCCGAUUCCGACCUACAAGUACACCAUGGAGGGUGCCGCAUCCCUGCCGGGAACGUCGGCCGCCCACAAGCUGGUGGUGGCCAUUCGGCAAAAGUGCACCCCGGAGGACGUGCUGAACGAGUUGAAGGAUUUGCCGAACCCGCGCGAAACUUCCGAGAACGAUAUGGUCGAGUCGACCUUCAAUCCGCUCAAGAUCGACGUGUUCGUGCAGACGCUGCUGAAUCUGGGCUCGAAGAGCUUUUCCCACACCUUUGCCGCCAUCUCCAAGUUCCAUCUGGUGUUCAAGGCGCUGGCCGAAACCGAGGAAGCUCAGAUCUGCAUUCUGCACAACGUGUUUGAGCUGUGGACCGACCACCAGCAGAUGCUGGUCGUGAUUGUGGACAAGCUGCUGAAAACGCAGAUCGUCGAGUGUUCGGCGGUGGCGACCUGGGUGUUCUCGAAGGAAAUGGUCGGCGAGUUCACCAAGAUGUACCUGUGGGAGAUUCUGCACCUGACGAUCAAGAAGAUGAACCAGCACGUCACGAAAUUGAGCAAAGAGCUGAGCGACGCCAAGGACCGGCUGGAUCGCAACGCGGAAUCAUCAUCGAGCGAGUCGGAAGCUGAGGCUGGCGCGGAAGGCGCCGGAGGUCCCGCUCCUCGUCGCCGCAAGAAGACCACCGGCGAUGACGCGGACAAACCGACCGAGGAGCAGGUCGAACGGAUGGAGGAAAAGCUGGAGGCGGCUUACGUCGACCAGAAGCGACUCUUCCUGAUCAUCUUCCAGCGCUUUAUCAUGAUCCUGUCCGAGCACCUGGUCAAGUGCGACACCGACGGGCGGGACUACGACACCGACUGGUACCGCUGGACCGUGGGACGGCUGCAGCAGGUGUUUAUGCUGCACCACGAGCAAGUGCAAAAGUACAGCAGCACGCUCGAGAGUCUGCUCUUCACGUCGGACAUCGAUCCCCACAUACUGGACGUGUUCCACCAGUUUACGGCGCUCCGAUCGUAAAGGGGCCGUGCGUCGUCGUCUUAUUUUAUCAGCAAACAAGCCACGUUUAUGAUUUAUAUGCACUAGAACUAUU